CCAAAACCAAUCCGAGUUUACCACUUCACACAGCCACAAAGUCACUACGCUCCCGUAAACUCAACAGUCAACAUUCUUCCCCAACCCGACCAUUAUCAAAUCUUCAUUUUAGCGAGAAAAUUGAAAAAGCCCAUCCACUAAAAAUUUCCAUUUGGAGGGAAACCCCAAAAACCAAAGAAAACCCUAACUCCCAACCCGCCCUCUUUAUAAGCCUCUCAUCCCAUAGUCUCCUCCUUGUACAUUUUCUCUUGCACAAGACCUGUUCGACGAAAUCGUUCAGAGGCAGAGAUAGAGAGAGAGGAUGUAUGUGGUGAAGAGAGAUGGGCGGCAGGAGGCGGUGCAUUUCGACAAGAUAACGGCGCGCUUGAAGAAGCUGAGCUAUGGGCUUAGCAGCGACCACUGCGACCCUGUGCUGGUGGCCCAGAAGGUUUGCGCUGGGGUCUACAAGGGCGUCACCACCAGCCAGCUCGAUGAAUUGGCCGCCGAGACCGCUGCCGCCAUGACCGCCAAUCACCCUGACUAUGCCUGCUUGGCUGCAAGAAUUGUUGUCUCAAAUCUACACAAGAACACUAUGAAAUCCUUUUCAGAGACGAUCAAAAUGAUGUACAACCAUGUCAAUGAGAGAUCGGGGCUGAAAGCCCCUCUGAUAGCUGAUGAUGUUUAUGAAAUCAUUAUGAAG